GCUGACCCGGAAGUGCUGGCGCGCCGGGACUCGGCUUCCUUGACAACCGCGCCGCGCCGCUCGGUUGCCGUGGACGAGGCGCGGCGAUGCCCCUGCUGGUGAGCAGCUACAGCUGGCAGCAGACCGUCUCCACCGUGAUCCUCACCGUGCCGCUCCCCGGCGCGUGCGUGCGGGAUGCCGACGUGUUCUGCGGGAAGAGAUACCUGAAGGUCAACUGCCCUCCCUUUCUCUUCGAGUUGUUUCUCUACGCUCCCAUAGAUGAUGUGACCAGCAAAGCCAAGAUUGGGAAUGACACGAUCGUCUUCACCUUGUAUAAAAAAAAAGCGGCCAUGUGGGAGAGCCUCUCCAUGUCUCGUGUCGACAAAGAGAUGAUGAAAGCAAUAAGGGAGAAAUCAAUUUUACAAGCACAAGAAACAGCCGAAGAAGCUGCAGAAGCUAGAGCUGCAGCAAGACGGGAAGAUCAGAAAUACGCCCUGAAUGUCAUGAUGAAGAUUGAAGAAGAAGAGCGGAAAAAAAUAGAAGACAUGAAAGAAAACGAACGAGUAAAGGCAACUAAAGAAUUGGAAGCGUGGAAAGAGUGCCAGGGAAAAGCUGAAAAACAGCAGCGAAGUCAGAGAAGAGAUAAAAUCCGCCAGCAGGAAAAGCCGACUGGAGAAGAGAGGAGCAAGUUGGAACAGAAGAGUCGCACCGGGAGCUCGGCCCCUAGAAAGCCUGCCUUGAAGGGGAGAAACUCAGGAAAUAUGUUUUCUGAGACAUCAAAGAAAGAGAUUCCUGCACCCCGCACCAGUGGCAGUAUUAAAAUCAACUUUACCCCUCGAGUAUUCCCGACUGCUCUCCGAGAGUCAUGGGUAGCAGAAGAGGAGGAGUGGCUACACAAACAGGCAGAGGCACGAAGAGCAAUGAACGCUGAUGUUCCUGAACUUGGUGAUUUGAAAGAAGAAGAAAAGAAUCCGGAAUGGUUGAAGGACAAAGGAAACAAACUGUUUGCAGCGGCAGACUACCUGGCGGCUGUCAAUGCGUACAAUCUAGCCAUAAGGCUGAAUAGCAGGCUCCCUCUCCUGUACUUGAAUCGUGCCGCCUGCCACCUGAAGCUGAAGAACUUGCACAAGGCCAUUGAAGACUCCUCCAAGGCUUUAGAAUUACUGACACCGGCUGUUGCAGACAACGCUAAUGCCAGAAUGAAAGCACAUGUGCGACGAGGAACAGCUUUCUGCCAGCUGGAGCUGUACGUGGAAGGUUUACAAGAUUAUGAAGCUGCACUGAAGAUUGAUCCAUCCAACCAAGUCGUACAAAAUGAUGCUGAGAAGAUUCGGAAUAUAAUUCAAGGAACAGAAUUAAAAUCUUAAUCAGUCCGAAAAGCAA